AUGACCCCCGCCCGGCGCAUCUACAAAUAUAUUACCCAGCUGAGAAUCAUCCCAGCUCCGGCCAGCACUCAUAUUUCCACCCGCUCAUACACCACGGGUGCAGCUUUUGGUUUUCAAGUCGGCCCGAAAACCACUUCCGGUUUCCGAGUCGUCUUCGGAACCAAUUUAGGUUCUGAAGACGACUUGAAAACUGGAAGUGGUUUUCGGGCCGCCUUGAAAACCAGCCUCGGUUUUGAAGCUGCCUUCUCGGUUUUCAAGGCGGCCUGGAAACCACCUUCGGUUUUCAAGUCGUCUCCGGAACCUAAAUCGGCGGCCUGGAAACCUGAUCCCUUUGGAGGGGGGGGAGGGGUGGCCAGGGGGGUCGAAGCUGAAAAUUCUAAGUCCUCAUCGGACCGCCCUGCGCCUGAGUGCACCCACCUGGACAGCCACCACCCGAUACCACCAUUCUCGAUAGAAAUGUAUGAGUCAAUGCCGAGUCCGCCCGACCAUUUUCAAGAAAGCCAGAUCCAGACGGCCUAUCAAGAAACCCAAGGGUCAGAAUAUACACCCGAGAGUCAGGACGCCGAGUCGCAGGAGUUUCCCGAAUCAAUUCGUCCACUGGAUGGAAGCGAGGUUUAUUGUAAAUUCGACAUCGAUUACUCGAUCUGGGUCAACACCCUUGAAAACCCAGCCAAAUACACCCACGUCUGCCCAGUCAAGCCUCCCCGCCAGUUGCGUAUGUCGGUGACCGAUAUGUCAUUCAGCCAAUUCAAGUCCCGCGUGUUGUAG